GCGAGACUUCCUCCUCCUCCCCCCACGCCACGAAGCGGCGACGCGCGCAGGGUGGGGCAGCAUCCAUGGCCGACCGCUUCUUCCCCAACGACCUCCCCGACUUCGUCGCCGAGGCCCCCGACGGCGGCGACCCUCCCGCCGCCGGCCUCCGCGGCCUGCUCUCCCUCCCCUACCCUAAGCUCUCCCACCGGAUCCUCCACGCCGCCCUUCGGCUCAAAGACAAGGUCGUGGCAGAGACAUGGACCAGGACGGGGGGCCAGGUGACGGACUACACGCUCUACACGGGCGCGCUCGGGACGGCGCUCCUCCUCUUCAAGUCCUUCCAGGUCACCGGCGACCGCCGGGAUCUCGCCCUCGCCGGUGACAUCGUCCGAGCCUGCGACGCCGCGUCAAGUGGCCUGCCGUUCUUGACUUUCAUAUGCGGGAGGGCCGGCGUCUGCGCUCUCGGAGCCGUGAUCGCCAAGCACUGCAAUGACCAGCUGUUGCUCACCCACUACCUGAGCUCGUUUGAUGAGAUAACCGUCACAGAGAAAGUUCCAAAUGAGUUGCUGUAUGGAAGGGCGGGAUAUUUGUGGGCUUGUUUGUUCUUGAACGAGCAUCUCAGUGACAAGACGAUUCCCACCGAACACAUUACUUCUGUGGCGAAGGACAUCAUUAAGGAGGGAAGGAAGCUGUCGAAUAAGGGGAGCUGCCCGCUGAUGUAUGAGUGGCAUGGGAAGAAGUACUGGGGUGCUGCCCAUGGACUUGCUGGAAUUAUGCAUGUCCUCAUGCACACUGAACUGAAGCUGGAUGAGCAGGAUGACGUGAAGAAUACUCUGCGCUACAUGAUCAGUAACAGAUUUCCUAGUGGAAACUAUCCCUCCAGUGAAGACAGUGAAUCUGAUCGCCUGGUGCACUGGUGCCAUGGUGCCCCUGGUGUUGCUCUUACGCUGGUUAAAGCAUAUCAGGUCUUCCAGGACGAUCACUUCAAGCAGUCAGCCGCAGAGGCUGCCGAAGUUGUAUGGAACCGUGGUCUUCUCAAGCGAGUCGGAAUAUGCCAUGGUGUGAGCGGGAAUGCCUAUGUAUUCCUCUCGCUCUACAGGCUAACUGGCAAUGUCGAGUACCUCUACCGGGCUAAGGCUUUUGCUUGCUUUCUGCUUGAAAAUGCUGAUCGAUUAAUAGCCGAGGAGGCCAUGCAUGGUGGUGAACGUCCAUUCUCAUUGUUUGAAGGAAAGGCUGGAAUGGCAUACCUCCUUUUAGACAUGGUUAAUCCCUAUGAAUCUAGGUUCCCGGCCUAUGAACUUUGAGUGCUCGGCCAGCGAAUCCAUCAAUCCAAUAAAUCUGUGUGAUGUACUUAAUGUUUGUAUCUACGCUGUAAUAUGUACCUCGGUGAGCUUGGCAUCGUUGUAAAGCUUAGUGUUUCUGACUAGAAGCUUGGACCUUUGUGAAAUGUAUGUGUGGGUGUUUUGGUAAAUAUGCCCAUCUUUGUGUUAGAUAAUGCCGCAUUAUUGCCGGAUAAGUGACACUUCAAAUGUGGGGUGC